UCUCCGAACUGUCGUCACCCACUGCCCUCAAGCGCUUCGGCGCACCCUUCCGCUCAGACGCCGGCGAAGUCGCUCCAGAAGACUCGGAGCUCCCACUGCUGCGCUACAUAUUCGUCCACCAUGUGCGAAACUUCCCAUUCCUGGACAAGGCCAAGGAGAAAGAGUUCUGGCAGAACAAGCUGCAAGUGGUGAGUUGGUGACACCAUACGGAGAUUGAGAGCGAAGGCUGACAGGGCAAUUUCCGUAGUUCCUCGAAUCGUUCGCAAGCAAGGAUAUCUCGUCGUCAGAAGACCGCCUCGAAGAGACAAAACGAAGGAAGCUGGCGCUGAAGGCAGAGAAGCUGGUCGAGCUUAUGAUGGUCUCUGGUAUCCCCACCGCGUCUGGCUACGAGGAGAGGAUACGCUUCUCUGAGAUGGAGAUCGUCGAGCGCGGCGCAAACGAGGAGGGUCUACACAUGAACGCACCGAGUGGGCAUUUCAUUAAUGGCUGGGAUGUCAACGUUGCCGGCGUGCGAACCACGUCAGUGAAGAAGCACGUCCGAUACCACACACACGCGGAAUACCUUAUCCGAGUCAAACAGAGCGGCGAUCGAGAAAUCUACGUCGGUCGGCGAUACCAGGACUUCGUCAACCUCCACAAGCGGAUACGCCUCGAGCUUCCGGGAAAAGUGCUCCCUCCACUUCCUCGCAAGAACAAGAAAGACUCCAUUCUAAGUUCGAACAAAGACGACGAUGAUGCUAGCUCCAUCUCUUCAGUGUCAACACAAGGACCGGCACCUGACGUAUACGAGAAGAGCGACGGCGGCGGUGGAGGUCUGCGAAGCUACCUCUGGGGUAGCGGUCACAAGAAAAAUGCUUCACAAACAUCACUCGGAGGAGGUCGAGGGACACGGUCUCCUCGUGCGUCAGGAGAGGGUUUCGGCUAUCAGCUACCACGUACUCUCUACCGCGAAGAGCAGCGUGUAUCGCUACGAGCUUUCCUUCGAUCGUUCUUAAACAACGAGAGGAUCGCACAAUCCAAUGCUAUGACUGACUUCCUCACGCGCGAUCCCAUCGAAGUCAACGAGGAAGAGAUGGAAGACAUUGAGAAGCGCAUGAUCAUGGAUGAGAAGCGCAUACAAGAGCAAAAGCAGUUUUACGAAGUGGCACGGAAACGUGCUGCCGAGCUCGACAUACACAUGGAGAAGUUCAGGCGAGAGAUUGUUGAGAGAAACGGCCUCUCGCACCUCUUCCAGGAAAUCAGGGUGAAGAACUCAAUAUCCCAGCUCAAGCCAGAGUAUCAGAAGUUUGCAGAGUGGUUGCGGAUAGAAGUCGCAGCUACUAUUUACCACCUCUUCUUGGCCGAAGACAACUCACCGGAGCUCUUCGCGCAGGCGAAACGGAUACAUUCACUCGUGCCAUACGGCGUGCUGAAGAACGUCAUCAGGAUUGCCAACCCAGCAGCGGUAAUGAGCGGAGUGCUUGAUUUGUUCCUUGCGCAGCCUUUUGGUGCAAGGUCCUUGCUUCAGCGCAUCUUUGGUAUGGCCAUCAACGAUGGUGUUAGUUCUGUACAGAAAACGAUUGACACCCUCGGCUCCACGAAGAUCAAGGACGAAGUCUUAUGCGCAAAGAUCAAAGCCUACGUUGAGUCAAACGAGGACGUUAAGCAGGUACUUCGGCAAGAGGCGGAGAGCGAGCAGGUCGACAUCGUCGUUACAAUUCUACGAUCCGACUUCUUCAAGCCAGAAUUGAGCUCCCAGCAGGUGGAAAAGGUCUUCAAUGCCUACGUUGCGUGGAACAAUGCGGUGGAAAAUGUGAGACCGACCAGUCGUUACAGCAGAAACAACAGCAGUCGCAGCGUUAAUAGCGUCCUUACUAAUGCGUCUGGUCAGAUUGACAAGGACUUGCGACAGGGCGCCGAGCUCUUUGCGCAUCUCAAGCAGUACCUCAAGCUGUGUCUGAGACAGCGAGACAAGCUUAUGAUGCUCCAGAUCAUCGAGGAGCCCACCACCCUCCAACUCUUCCGCGACCUCUUCACCAUCUUCUACGAACCCCUCGUUCGCGUGUACAAGUCCGCGAACGUCUACAACAGCAUCACCGACUUCGCCAUGUUCGUUGACGACACGAUCAAGACCAUCGAGGCCUGCCAACGCCAAGAAGUCUCUGCAGACCCCAAUCAGACCGUCCAAGCUUUCAUCGACCUCUGCGCACGCCACGAAGACAACUUCUACAAGUUCGUGCACGAGGUUCAUAUUCAUGACAACGGCCUCUUCGACCAGCUCAUGGGCUGGCUAGAAGGCAUUCUCGAGUUCCUGCGGCACGGCCCCGGUGGCGGCGGCAAGCUCGACAUGAACGCUCUGUUCCAGGGCGGCAUGGAUUCGAACACCAUCGACAGACGGAAAGCUAUCAGAGAGAUCAACAGCCUAAUCAAGUGGCAGACCGCCCGCAAGAAGUGGCAUCAAGACAAGACGAGGCAGAAGAUGGCGAGUGCUGGCGACGAGCCCGAUCCCGUGCUUGGCGGUAUGGCAGGCUUCAAGAGCAGCGACUUUGGGCUUAAUGAGGUAAACAGUCACCCCUAUUUAGCAGUCAGCUUGUACUAACAUGCAAAAGCUCGACCUCCAAGAUCUCGAACUCGACGACGACGCCACCGACUCCGACGAAGAAGAAGAGCUCGACGACGACGACGAUCCGAUUGAAGCUGAGCGCAAGAACCGCGCGAGGGCGGCGGAGAAGCUCAAAAGGAGAGCGGGCGAGCCGAAGAAACCGGCGAUUGAAGAGAUCAAGAAACUUCAUCCGAGUUUCUUGGCUAUGUUGCGGAGUGUGUUGGCGCAAUAGAGAGCGGUGGGCGGGAAUGUUGAUGAUGAGGGAAGACUACAUAUUCCUAGAUGACCCCUAAUGGUAAAUGUAUAUAAUCAGGCACUUGUGCGUAGGACGGGUGGCGUCAUUGUUGUUACUGCUUGUCUGUAUUCACAAUCUUCUUCCUGUUCUACACACUGAAGAACAAGCAAAACGAAGGUAAAUUCCUCGUCAUCAGAACACUUUUCUUCU